GGCCUGGGGGCCGAGCGCGGUGGCCGCGGCGUGCAGAAGCCGACGGAUUGGAGGCAUCGCGGAGCUGGGGUCGGCGCGGCGCCGAGGCAGGAGAGCGAGAGGGGUCCCUGCCCAGGAGACCGGGGUGGGAGGCCUGAGGGAGGCGCCGGGGCUGGCGCUGAGCCUGGAGCCUUCCCGGCCUGGCAGGCCCUGGGAGCCCGGGGGAGGGGGAGCCCAGUGAUCUCCAGGGGACACAGAGUCUCUUCUGGGUCCCAGUUGUCCUUUGAUCCCUGGGGGGACUUUGUCCCCAUUUCCUGAGCCGCAGUGCGGACCACAGCCCCUUCAUCUGAGCCCCACUGGGGACCCCAGGUCCCCCUCCUGAGCCCUGGGGGCUUCCCUCAGCCCCCUUCUCUGAACGCCACUUGUCUCUCAGCCUCAGUGCAGACCUCUGAUCUCCCUUUUUUAAAUGGCCAAAGAGACCCCGAUCCCCUUUCCCUGAAUUCCAGCAGGCCCCCAGCCCCCCUUCUCUGAACCCCAGGUGGGACUCAGCUGGUCCCCUUCUGUGACAGUUGGUGGAUCCUCCUGACCCUCUGAGACCCAGAAAUAAUUCUGGUCUCCCCUUCAGAGCCCCCCCUAGGGACCCAGCUCUUCCUCUUCUGAACCCCAGAGGGGACCCAACUCCUCCCUCCGCAGACUCUGAGCCCAAAAGAAGCCAGAAGGCGUCUCCUCUCAAACACACAGAGGACCUCAGCUCCCCGUCCUGGGUACCCCAAACUCUGAGUCCUAGUGGGGAGCUCAGAUCCCUUCCUUCAGGAAACCUGGUUUCCCUUUGGCGAUUCCUUCCAGUGGGCAUCCCAGAGCAGCCCGGGCCUCAGAGGUCCAGCUGCCACUCAGUUCUCCUUCCUCUGGAGCCUCCAGACCCCUGGCCUGGGCACCCAGGUUCUAGCUCUGAGCCUCGAGGGGACCACAGCUUUCCUGUGGGUCCCAUCUUCUUUGCUGAGUUUCUGUGGGUACCCCAGGCCCUCCUCUGAACCUCAGAGGGUUCCCCAGCCAGAAGAUCUAGUUUUUUCUCUUCCAAGCCCCAGAGGCAACCUUGACACCCCCAUUUGAGGUUCUAGGGACGAUUCAGAUCUUCCCUCUCAAUAUUCCAGUGGAAACUGAGCCCCUCACCCCCUUCCAGACCCCAGGCGCUUCCCUCCCCACCCCAGGAGCCCUCCUCGGCUCUGCCUCCUUUGCACCUGAGCCCCGUCACUGGCUGUAAAGAUGAUGAUGUGGUCCAACUUCUUCAUGCAAGAGGAGGACCGGCGGCGAGCGGCCACGGGCCGGCGACGGGCUCAAGCACAGCACAAGUCCUGGCUGACCCCGGAGCAGGAGGGGAAGAUCAAGCUGGUGCUGCUGCUGACCACCGUGGGCGCCACGCUGGCUGUGCUGGCCGUGGGCACCGAGUUCUGGGUGGAACUCAACACCUACAAGGUCAACGGCAGUGCCGUCUGCGACGCUGCCCACCUGGGGCUGUGGAAGAUGUGCACCAAGCGACUGUGGCAGGCCGACGUGCCCGCGGGCAGAGAGACCUGCGGCCCCGCAGAGCUGCCCGGAGAGGUGAGUCUGGCGGCUGCAGUGAUAGCGGUGGUAGGCCUGGCAGUCAUGGCCCUGGGCUGCCUCUGUAUCAUCAUGGUGCUCAGUAAAGGUGCAGAGUUCCUGCUCCGAGUUGGAGCCAUCUGCUUUGGCCUCUCAGGUCUGCUGCUGCUGGUCAGCCUGGAGGUGUUCCGGCAUUCCGUGCACGCCCUGGUGCAGAGAGUCAGCCCCGAGCCUCCCCGGCCCCCAGCCCUGACCUACGAGUACUCCUGGUCUCUGGGCUGUGGUGUGGGGGCCAGCCUGGUCCUGCUGCUAGGGGGCGGCUGCUUUCUCCUGCUCACCCUGCCUCCCAGGCCCUGGGCCUCACUCUGUCCCAAGUGGGGACACAGGGCCACCUAGAGCCACCCCAUUGUGCCUUCUCUUAGCUCCUUCCAAAUUCUUUUCCUUUCUCCAUCGUCCUCACUCGAAAUCUUUUGCCCCGUGUCCUGGAGAAACUGUGUUCUUCCUGCUCCAGGACCCAGACUGUUUGCACAAACCUGCCUCCCAUGCCCUCAUCUUUUCCCUCUGUAAAUGUGUUUUUCUCAGUGGCUGAAUUUGGGAUGCUCGGGGCUGGGGUGGGCAGAGGCUUUUUGCAAACGAGGGUCCCCAGGGAAGGCUGGCAGGGACCUGAUGGGGUAACUGGGGAGUGAGGGGGCGGGGGUCUUGGGAGGGAGUUGGACCUCGUCAUUUCCUACAUCUGGAUGAGUUCCCUCGUGGGAGAGACUUAUUCCGACUAAUCUGAGACUCUGGGAAGUAGGGGACGGGGAGGGGAGGGAAGAAUAUCUGAGUCUGACCUCGCUGGGGUCUGAUUUGAGAUUAAAGGUUUGGAAACGUAACAACUUUGGUUUGGAGUCCAUUUGUGAUGUGGCUGGAGGUUCUGGGAUAGAGAAAAGCG